CGCUCGGCGCCCCGCGACGCCGAAUGGGCCGCGCGCCGCAGUGUCUCCUGAGCGCCCGCAUUGGCCCGGGGACGCCGGCGCGAGGCCGCGGAUUGGCUGCGCCCGCGCAGAGCCCGCCCUCCCCUCGGCAUCCCGCGAGGGCGACGCGGAGGCGAGGGCGCCGCUCCAUUGGUCGCUGCUCGGGCUGCCUCGCUCUCCCCGCCGCUCCGGCCCGAGUCCAGCCUCGCCUCACCCAGCCCGCCCGACGGCCCUCCUCAUCCCGACGCCGGGCGGCUCCCCGGGCUGCCCUGAGGGAGCGAGCGCGGCGCCCCGCCGGAGAGGCCCCUGAGGCGGAGCGGCCAGGUGAGAAGCGGGGGAGUGCGCGCGCAGCCGAGACCCCCGCCGCCCCCUCGCGGCCCCCCUCGCGGCCCCCCUCGGCCCUCGGAGGAGCCCGGAGCCCACAAGGAGCGGCGCCCGGGGGGGGGUCGUCGAAUCCGGGAGAAGCCGAGGCGGGCCGGGGCCUCGUUCGGCUGCCCGGCGGCCGGUCUCGGCUUCCCCCUCGGGGCGGGAGCAGGAAGAGCCGCGGAGGGCCGCCUCCAUGGCUGCUGGGAGCUCGCCUUCCUGCCCCCUCUCCGCUCCAGGGCCCUUCUCUGCCCUGAGGGCUCUCAAGACUCGGCAGCCUGGAGCGGAGCUGGAAUUAUGACAGACGUGUAAACAAGCAUCUUUUGCUGCUUCCACUUCUCCCCUAAAAUGAGUUGAAAAACAUGUUAGUGUGUCAUUGCUGCUGAGGCUGUGAGAGUCCCCGAGUCUUGUGAUGGUGCAAAGAGGUACCAGUCUGGGAUGCACACAAUGUAGGAUUUCAGCUGUUAUGAAUGGGCAGAUUGUGUGCUUUUUUUUGCUUUUUUUAAACAGAAAGUGCUAUAGUGUAGUUCUUUGGCAUGUGAAAAUGUCGAGUUGGGAUUAGUUGCAGUAUCAUUCUGUUUCAUUGAUUUUUCUUGGUAACUUCAUUCUUUCCUUGGGGAGAAAAACUUUGCUUACUUGAAACAGAUCAGGUGUUCUUUAGGACUUUGAACUAGACUUCUUGUGACACAAAUCAGGAAAAUGUUUCUUAAUAUUACUUGCCGUUAAUUUAUACAGGAAGUAUGUGUGUUAGUUCCCAGUUGCAAUAUACAGUGGUACCUCGGGUUAAGUACUUAAUUCGUUCCGGAGGUCUGUUCUUAACCUGAAACUGUCCUUAACCUGAAGCACCACUUUAGCUAAUGGGGCCUCCCGCCGCUGCCACCGCCGCCGGAGCACGAAUUCUGUUCUCUCCUGAAGCAAAGUUCUUAACCCGAGGUACUAUUUAUGGGUUAGCAGAGUCUGUAACCUGAAGCUUAUGUAACCUGAAGGGUAUGUAACCUGAGAUACCACUGUACUUGCCAUUUGGGGGCGGGGGGAGAUAACUUUUUCCAAUUGUGGGUUUCAAAAAAUCAAACAUUCAUAUAAUGCUAACUGGACUACUGCAAUGCACUCUACACAGGGCUACCUUUGAAGGUGACACAGAAACUACAACUACUCUAGAAUGUGGCAGCUAGACUGGGGACUGGGAGUGGCCGCCGAGACCAUAUAACACCAGUCCUGAAAUACCUACUUUGGCUCCCUGUACGUUUCUGAGCACAAUUCAAAGUGUUGGUGCUGACUUUUAAAGCCCUAAAUGGCCUUGGCCCUGUAUAUAUCGUUCAGCCCAGACACCAAGGGCCUUCUGGCAGUUCCCUCACAGAGCGAAGUGAAGCUACAGAGAACCAGGCAGAGGGUCUUGUCGAUAGUGGCGCCCGCCCUGUGGAACGCCUUCCCAUCAGAUGGUCAACAAGAUUAGUAACUAUAAAGCCUUUAGAAGAAAUCUGAAGGCAGCCCUGUAUAGGGAUGUUUUUAAACAUUUAAUGUUUUAUUAUGUUUUUAUCUAUGUUGGAAGCCAUCUAGAGUGGCUGGGGCAACCCAGUCAGAUGGGUGGGAGACAAAUAAAAUUAUUUAUUUAUUUAUUUUCCCUUAAAUUUGGUCCAUCCACUGCUUGUCAAUCUAGUAAGCUAAAUUGUACACCAUAGUUCCCACUCCAUUGUGUAUUUAUUUAAUAGGUCUAUUUCAUUCUUUUUGACAGGAAUUGUCAAAGUAGCUUACAUUUAUAAAACCCAACAGAUACACAAAAAAUCAUGUGCUCGGAAAUGCAGGAGCAAGCAUCAGAUAUUUCUUCCCAUAGGGUAGUUGUUAUAAGUUGGCUGGGAAUGGGGAGUCUGGGGCCCAGUCCACCUGGACCAUGCCCUUACAAUAUCUUGCCUGCCUUUCUCACUCCCUUUCCACAGCUGGCCCUGUGGGAUUGGGGGAGAAGGGUAUAGUUCAGCUCAUGUCUAUGGUUUAAGAUAUUCUCAUCCAGACAUUCUUUCUUUUACGCACCUUUUAUAAUACUUUACCCCCCGACUACAUUUGCUUUUUCAAAGUAGGACUCUUGCUUUAUUUGACUUCUAAAUCAGAGCUGCCCUAAAUCUUUUGUUGAGUUUGUCCCAAACAACUACUGUUGGUAGCUAUAACCUGUGUUCCUAAUGUUGUAUAUUGAUAAUUGAUUGAUUGUAGUGCUUAAGAAACCUAGCUAAAAGGAAAUAGUGCAGUGGGUAGAAGGAAAUAAUGUGCUAGCUGCUUUAUUAAACCGUAUGGAAAUCUCAGUAUGGUAGAUUCUGGUGUAUUAUUCUUAUUGAAGAAUACUCUUUAAAAGUAAUAUUACAGAUUAUGUUCAUGUUUAUUCUGCAAAUGGUGCUAGGCAGAAGAAACAUUUUGAAAUUGACCUUGUUAAGACUUGACUUCAUCAGCUCCUAAUGAAACUGAAGUUUAACAAAGAUGCAUGGAAACAUUACAUAAAAUAUGGCUUUGUCACCACUUUUGAGUUUCCCAUUAACUUCUGCUGAACAGAUCAAAUAGAGAUAACAUCUCUGAACUUAAAUGACAUUAGGCAGGAUAAAAUUUCACUAUUUAUGGGCUGUCCUUUGCUGCUGCCAUGCUGGCUUCGAAAAAGAAUGGCAGAACACAACAGCUUUUCUCUGCUUUUGGAUAGAAUGGUUGGGGUGAUUUAUAACAUAGAACACAACUACUUUUUAAUAUGAUCAUGAGACAUCCAGAAAGUAUAAAACAAUACAGUUACAUAAGAACAAGAAUCAUUUCCCAAAUAUAAUUAUAAAUGAACCUCUUACAUACGAACCUUAAGUAUGUAUUCAAACUCAAAGAGAGUGGGUAAUCUCAUAUACAUUAAGUCUCAUUUGAGACAAACAAACUCUCAUCUCCUUCUCUGAUCUUUCAUAUUUGUCAGUUUAAAAUCCCUGUUCACAACAGUAUGUCGUGGUGAACUGUAGAAAAAUAGCCAAUGCUAUUCUCCAUAACUGCGUUCAACCAGUGUUUCUGGAUCACAACUAGGAUUGUCCUCAGUAUCAGCUGAUGCUCUUGCUCUCGUUUUGAAAAGAUACCCAGUGCUUCAUUUUUGGGGGGGAAAGGGUGCCAGUACUCACCAUGAAGUUAUUACAGUAAGUACCACACUUUUAACAUUUUGGGGAGGAAGGGUACCAGUACUGUUUACCCUUGAGUACCCCAGGGGGAAAAGCACUGAAUAUACCUAUCCGUAUUCUGCAAAUUAUUUUUUUAUACUACUGUAUACUGCACUAAAAUGUUUAAAUGUUUAUUUGAUUGUCCUUGAAUCUUUCCACCACACUUGCCAUCCUCUCUUGCCACACCCAUGUGCCACUUUGAGAACCACUGUUCUAUGCUAUCCCCAUCACUUUAUUUCUCUGUAUUUUCCAUAACAUAUAUAUGUGAUAAUACAUAUUAGCUGAUGUAUAGUAUGCUAUUGCUUAACACUUGGCCAAAUAAUUCCUAGAAAGACUUCUGAGAAAGUGUAUUAGUUUCUUUGAAUGUAGCCUGUAUAAAUUGCUUCCUGUAGUCUGCCAGAUAAUUCUGUCAUAAGAAUUCCUAUUCUGAGAGAUUGUGUGCACUUUCAGAACUUUUGCUAUGACUUCCAAUCAGAACAAUUUGCAAAUGGAGAACCAAACAAUCUUACAAAACCUACAAUGAAAACAGGACCAGCAAAAAAUACCACUGUUCCUCAGACCUUGUGGGGGGCUGGACUAUAUUGGGGGGAUGAACAAAUUCCUAUGCCCCACAAAUAACCCAGAGAUGCAUUUUAAAUAAAAGGACACAUUCUACUCAUGUAAAAGCACACUGAUUCCCAGACCGUCCGCGGGCCGGAUUUAGAAGGCGAAUGGGCUAUAUCCGGCCCCCGGGCCUUAGACUGCCUACCCAUGCUCUAAUGCCUGGGAGAGUCAGGCUAGGCACCAGGCAAGCAACCUGGGGGGAGCACAUUCCAGAGUGAAGAUGCAGUUACUGUAAAGCCCUUUCUCUGGCCAUCUUCGUGAGCUCAGAUUUGAAGGCACGUGGUGAAGUUUCUCUAGCAGUGGUGUCCAAACGUUUUUCAAAGAGAGCCAGAUUUGAUGAAGUGAAGGGCCCAAAGGGCCGACCAAAGUUGUUAACCUUUUUUUAGGAUUGAAGAUUUUUUUAAAAGGAUUUUAGCCCAGGAAAUAAACUGCCACAGGGGCCGGAUUAAACUGACCAGCGGGCCGGAUUAGGGCCCUUGAAACGGACUUUGGACAUGCCUGCUCUGUAGAGAUGAUGCUGUGAAUUGCAGCAACCCUUUAAGAGACACCUCAAACCAUUUUUAAUGAGCAAGUAGGAUUAGUAUAUAAUGUAUAGAUGCCUGGAUGUGAACUUUAUGCAGGUCUGAAUUGCGGAGUACACUAGCCACUUGGAACAGUGUCUUUCAGAGAUGUGGAAAGGGGGAAUUGGCUGAGGAUCCGUCACUGGACCUUUGUGGUGACACAUAAACUUAUCUGGAAACUUGUAAUAUUUCUUUCCCUGUUUGCAAGGAGCCUAAGCUCUAUCUGGGGCUCUCCAUUCCGCCUUGGGGUAGGCAAUGGAGGCAGGCUUAGUGCUCACAGAAACAGCUUUGGUUGUUCCCAAGGGUCCCAUAGGUGAUGGGGGGGUGGCUCUUCUCUAGCAAUUGCAGCACCUGAGAAGCCUUUUUAAUAAAGGUGGAAAAACUUCAGCAGCGAACUCUCUAUGGUUGGUUCCUCCGAGGGAAUCAUUAAUCUCUGAGGAGAAAAAGCCUUUCAUCCACGAAAGCAGUCUUGUGAGAUUUUUUGAACUAAGGAAGGCCUCAGAACCAGAGAGAUGGUUCCCCCUACUUACUGCCACCUGUUCUGGUGAGAAUCUUGGAGAAUCACCCAAGGCUGUGUGCCUGCAGUCUCCUCCUCUGCAGCAACAUUGCGAGGAGCAAGGCUGCCCUGUGGAGGCAAAAUCGUCCUGCAUGGAGAUGCAGUUGAAGGCAGGAAUGCGACUUAGGACACAGCAGUCACGGCUCAAAUCUCCCAGUUGGUGCUGAGACCGAAAGUGCAGAGAGUGGGAAAGCACUAGACCAACAGCAAUCACAUAUCUAGGAGCUUUUGGGCUCUCCUGAAGAAAUGCUGAGUUGCUGAAACAAAAUGGCAGACAACAGAGCAAGCAGGUGGGGAACAUGACGAGAAUGAAAUAGAAAUGAAGAAGCUAGGGGGGACAGCUAACAGGAAAACACAGUGAAAAAACUCAUUCAGAAUGAUGAUCUAGCAAACAGGAUGGAGAGGACUAGACAAGGGAAAAUCCACAAAAAACAAAUGUUUCUUUCCCAACAGAGAGAGAGACACAAAGAUGCAACCAUCCCUUGCAGCAGGCAGGGUCAGUCUGGAGAAAUGGGAGGGCUCCUCCCCUCUGGAAAGGACAUGGCAAGCUGAAGACCCUGCCUGUCUCCAGUCGGGAGGGUCAUCCUAUCAGGAAUGGCACCCCCCUCCAUCUGGUAAACAUUGCCGUGCGCCAGCCAGAUAGUGGAGAUGUCAGUUGCCAAAUGUGACAACAAGACAUCUUCACUUGGUCACAGUUAGACCCGUGCUAGUCAUGAAACGCACCUGGUGCCUGGGGAAUUUCGAACACUGUGCCUGGUACCUUCCCAUCAGUGAGGAUUUGUGGAUUCUUUUAUUAAAAAAAAUAAAUUUUUAUUAGUUUUACGUAAAGUUAUACACAAUAACCGUAACCAUUCCAAAACAUGAAAAUAAAAAAGGUUUUUCGAACCUUCAGACCUCCCUCCCUCCCUCCAUGGAUUCCAUUUCAAAAGGUUUAUUCUUUUUUUCCUGCAUCUUUUACCGUUAUCCAUCUAUUACAUAAUCAUAGUAACCAAAGUUCAUUUCACUUUACAAGUGUCAUUAAUAAUAAUAAUAAUAAAAUAAUAUUCCUGCCAAUGAUUUCAACUGUCUACAGUGGUCUUUUAAAUAUAUUUAAAAAUUAUUCCAGUCUUUUAAGAAUACUUGGUCUUCCUUGUUUCUGAUUUCCCCCGUCAGUCUUGCUAUUUCUGCGUAUUCCAUCAGUUUGGUCUGCCACUCUUCUCUGGUCGGUACUUCUCCUUCUUUCAAUCUCUGGGCUAGAAGCAUCCUUGCUGCCGUUGUUGCAUACAUGAACGGUCUUUUAUUUUGUUUUGGUAGUUCCUCACCUAUUAUACCUAUCAAAAAAGCCUCUGGUUUUUUAACAAAAGUUUUCUUAAACAUUUUCUUUUACUCAUUAUAUAUCAUUUCCCAGAACACCUUUACCAUUCCACAGGACCGCCACAUAUGAUAAAAGGUACCUUCUUUCCUUUUACAUUUCCAGCACAAAUUUGAGCUGGUUCUAUACAUUUUCGCAAUUUUAAUUGGAGUCAGAUACCAACAGUACAGCAUUUUCAUAUAGUUUUCUUUCAACGUACAGCAAGCUGUAAACUUCAAUCCUCUUUCCAUAACUUUUCCCAUGAUGAAAGUUGUAGAUUAUAACCAAAAUCUCUUGCCCAAUGUAUCAUCACUGAUUUAACUUCUUCAUCUUUAGUAAACCAUUCCAAAAGUAAUUUAUACAUUUUUGAAAAUAAUUUCACAUUAUUUUCCCAACAGAUCCCUUUCAAACCUUGACAAACCUUUUUUUCUACAGUGGUACCUCGGGUUACAUACGCUUCAGGUUACAGACUCCGCUAACCCAGAAAUAGUACCUCAGGUUAAGAACUUUGCUUCAGGAUGAGAACAGGAAAUCAUGCGGCGGCAGCAGGAGGCCCCAUUAGCUAAAGUGGUACCUCAGGUUAAGAACUGUUUCAGGUUAAGCACGGACCUCUGAAACGAAUUAAGUACUUAACCCGAGUUACCACUGUAAUUUGAAAACAUCAUUUAAUUGAUGAUAUUGUAACCAAUAUGUUAAUAACUUUCUAAUGUCAUCAAAAAUUUUCAAUUUUAAUUGGUCUUCCACUUCUAUUAGCAAUUCUUUUAAGUUGCCUAACCACCUCUCAUAUUUAAUUUUUUAACCGAUAUUGUUUCAAAUGGGGAGAGCCACCAUGGUGUCCUCCACUCUAAUAGAUUUUUAUACCUCUCCCAUACCUUGUAGAUUGAUUUUCUUAUCAAGUUCAGGAAUCCCUUAUACACUCUUGUUUUUCCAUACCAUCAAUAUGCAUGCCACCCAUACCUGUUAUCAUGACCUAUAUCUGUAUUUUUAACACUAUCCAAUCCCAAAGCCAGCAUAGGCAAGACGCUUCAUAAUAUAACUUCAAGUCUGGCAGGGAGAAGCCACCUCUUUCUUUAGAGUCUAUCAACAACUUAUAUUUAAUCCUUGGUUUUUUCUCAUGCCAGAUAAAUUUAGAUAUCAUUUUUUGCCAUUCUUUAAAGUGGCCUGCCCUACUGAUCACAGGUAUUGAUUGAAACAGAAAUAACAUUCUUGGUAGCACAUUCAUUUUUAUAACCGAUAUCCUUCCCCAGAAUGAUAAAUUCAUCCUUCCCCACAGCUCUAUUUUUUAUUUAUUUAUUUCCAUGUAGGUAUGUAAUUGUCCUUAAAGAUAUGUAUAUUUUUUGUGGUUAACCACACCCCUAGGUAUUUGAUCUUCUUUUUUACACUUAAUUCUGUGAUCUGUUGUAGUAAUUCUUUAGAUUAUACUGUCAUAUUUUUCACCAAAAUUUUGUUUUUUAUUUUAUUAAGCUUAAAACCAGCAACUUGUCCAAACUCCAGAAUCUUUUCUGAUACCUUUGGUACACUUACCAAAGGUUCCUCCACUGUUAUUACAAGGUCAUCUGCAAAGGCUUUCAGUUUGUAUUCUCUAUUCCCCACCGUAAUUCCUUUUACUCCAUCAUCUGCUCUUAUGUUCCUUGCCAGGAUUUGUGGAUUCAAAUAGUAAUCAAGCACUGGCAUUGGAAGAAGUUGGUAUUGUUAGUGGUUCUUGUAAGCCCUUUUAGGCUGAAGAGCUGGAUAGAAAGUUUGCAUCAAUACAAAGAAACUUCUUGUUCUGAGCUUUCCCCAGAUCAGGUUUGUGGGGUUUGAUCAUGUCAUGAAUCCAAAGUGAGUGUCUUCUGUUAUUUUUGUGGCCACUGAGCAUACUCAUUUGUUGACAGGUGGCACCCCUUUAAAAAUGGUUUAAUAGGUUAAUUAUCCCGUUUUGCAUCUAUAGCAUAACAUAUUGUAUGGGUUUUCAGUUUGAGCUUUUUAAUUUGGUUUUCAAAUUAUCAAGAUAAGGUGUUUUUUGGUGUGUGUUUUGAGACUCUUACUUGAAAAAGUGUAUAGUUCCUUCCAGUUGCAUUAUCAUCUCCAAACUUGAUUUACUAUGCUCCAUUCCUGACUGUUCAUCAAUUAAAAUAAUUCUUGGAAAAGCCGAAUUGUACUGUAUGCAGAAGAGCCACUGGACUGUGAAACAGCAAUAUCUUUAGAGCAGGGACAGGGAAUCUGUGGCCUUCCAGGCAUUGUCUGAUUACCACUCUCUUGACCAAAGUCCAUGCUGUCUGGUAAUAAUGGGAGUUAGAGUACAACAUCUGGAAAGCCGCAGGUUCCCCAUUUCCUGCUUCAGAGAGAAAGAAGAUCUGUUAGGAAGUUGCCUAAUUGGUUUCAACCUGACUAUUUUUUCUUAACUUGGAUGCAGCAAACAGAGCUGCUUAACAGAUGCCUAAAACCAUUCUGUUGACGAACUUGAAUUAUUUAUCCUAAUAUUGCUUUUGAAAUAACUAAAAUAUAUCACUUAGAAUUUGAACUGCUUUAAAAAUUACCAACUUAAGAGUUCAUAGGAAGCACUGUUAAUAGUAGGUAAGCCCUUUAUUUAACAUGCUCCUAUUUCUUAAUAUAAUCAGAAAGAGGGUAAUUUCUGCAGUGGUAUACUAAUAGUAAAAUUCUCUUCCCGGACAAAUUAUCCUGGCAUUGAUAUUCCUUCCAACGUAUACGCUGAUGUUACUCUAUAUGCUUUCUUUUCUUACCUGACUGUAUAGACUUGUAUGUUGGCUUUUUGUUUUUGUAAACAGCUUUCAAUAAAACUUUAAGUUGAAGAAAUGUGUAUACAUUUAUUAAAUAAGUAUCUAGCUUUGUUUGAUAUUACUGGCUUCUCAGAAAGAUAUAAGCACUGACCAAGUGCUAACCUAUAACAACCUAACAUUUGCCUAACAUUGAAAAAGAAAAAUAGAAUGACAAGUCUUUAAACGAGAAUCAGUUGGGUGAUAGCAUACUUCACGAUAGACCCAUUGAAAAAUGGACUUAAAUUAGUAAUGUUUGCUGAUUUUGGUGGCUAAUUCUUGGUUUGAUGGAACUUAGCAUGUUUAGCUUAGAUGUGAAAAGUUUUUUUGUUCUGCAAAUGUAGACAGGCAAAUGAAUCCCUGGUCUGUUAGUGUUUGAUAACAUGCAUGUAUGGGAAUCUUACUAGAAGCUCACACUUUUCUCUCUUAUUUCAGAUUGGAAGAUGAAUAAUCUUUCGUUUAGUGAACUGUGCUGCCUAUUCUGUUGUCCACCAUGUCCAGGAAAGAUUGCUUCCAAACUGGCCUUUUUGCCCCCAGAUCCUACAUACACACUGAUGUGUGAUGAAAGUGGGAGUCGCUGGACUCUACAUCUUUCUGAACGAGCAGACUGGCAAUAUUCCUCUAGAGAAAAAGAUGCCAUUGAAUGUUUUAUGACUAGAACCAGCAAAGGUAACAGGAUUGCCUGCAUGUUUGUGCGUUGUUCCCCUAAUGCCAAGUAUACUUUGCUCUUCUCGCACGGGAAUGCUGUUGACCUGGGCCAGAUGAGCAGCUUCUACAUAGGACUUGGUUCACGGAUUAACUGCAACAUAUUUUCAUAUGAUUAUUCUGGAUAUGGAGCAAGUUCUGGAAAACCAACCGAGAAGAAUUUAUAUGCUGACAUCGAUGCUGCUUGGGUAGCUCUUAGAACAAGGUAAAUAGAAAUGCAUUAUUUGUAUGUGUAUAUGCAUAUGUAUUUAUGUUUAAUUUGGAUAAAUGUUUCCAUUUAAUCAGGUGAGCUUUGUACAUCAGUAGUCUGUCCCAUAUUUUGCCCUUUCACCUAUCAGGAAGAGAGAGAGAAUAAUACUAAUUCAUUAAAUAGCAAAGAAAAAUAACAGUUUGUAUUGGCAGAGCCCAUAGCAAAUGGAUUAGUUAUUUAGUAAUUUUACAUCAGGAAGGAGAGCCAAGUGAGAGUCUUCUUGCUCAAAUUCUUACUGCUGAUUCAUCUGUUUAGAAAAUAUAUAUUUCUGUUCUGAAACUGAACAAUUUCAGUCCAGUGGAGAUUGAGUGUUUGAAUGUUUCCUUAUUUCAGAAAAGAAUCUGCAGAUAUGUAGAGUCUGCAUAUUAAGAACUGGAAUUCUAGCCAGCCUUCUUUCUGGCUUGCAUACCUAUAGCCAUUCAUUUGUGUUUACCAACACUGGGGGGUCCUUUUCUAAACAAAUGGCUCUGAAUUCUUAAAAGGCAACUUUUCAGUCCAGCUGACUUUAAGCAAGUCUUGCAAAUCUUAGGUUUCCUGUUCGCCGCCAUCUUUCCAUUCACUUACAUUUACAUACAUCUGUGUAUACAAUCAGACACAAGCACACCUACUAAUUUUCUGAUAAAUUCCAAUUUAUCUCCUCCCCACUUUCUUCUUGUAAUUGUGGCUGUUGCUCCUCACUCUUCAAGGAUGGAAGAGACACUUGUUUCUCCAUGAUGUUUUUGACCCAAAGAGUGAGCACUCUGCAGCUGUGUGUACGGCCUCUCUGACCAGUAAGGGUUAAGCUGUGCGUGUGUCGCACGUUCCAGGCUGGAAACAGCACUGUAGUGCUAAUUACUCUUUGAGAGACAAAGUAGAGUUUGUGGAGACUAGGGCAUGUUAUUUACCUUGGACCAAUUGCUAUUGGCCCUGGUAAGUAGUGAAGUGCUUCUUCAACUGUCACUGCAAGAAACAGGCAACAGUUGUGAAAACCUGAAACUCAAAUCUCUCAAAUGUCUACUGAAGUUAGAUAUUGUUUAAAAGUUGAACAACUAAGGGUUGUUAAGAUUUCUUUAAUAUGAGGAGGCUGUUGUUUGUCCUUCAUUUAAAGGAAAUAUACAUUUAGACUGGUUGAUAUUUCUGAGGCAUUGUGCAGAGAUUAACUACUUUCUGCAUUCAUUAUCUACAGGUGAAUUUUUAAGACCUUUCUACUGCCAGGUAUUUAUCCUCUGCAGUGAUCUAACAUUUUAAUUACUUGAAAGUAAAUCUAAGAGUAGGAAGAAGCUUUUAGGCUUGGUUCUGCUCUACCUUCUAACCUUUUUUCCACCUGGUAGAACAUUUGCAUUUUAAAAACUUGCAUAUAUAUAGAUUUAUGAGUAAAAAUAGAGCUAUAUUUUUAUUGUAUAGGUUUCUGCAUAAAAUAGUGUGGGGAAAAUGUGCAAAUUGUAUAUUUUGCUAAGAUUUGUGCAGCUUUUUUGUGUUCUGAUAUUUAUUAGGAACUGGUCAUGCACGUAUUGACUAGAAGUGUGUAGGUAACACUGGAUGUUAAGUGAAAGGAUCUAGUAGUUGCACAGAUACUGCAAAACAUUCCCUGUCCUACAAGUUCCUGGGAGUCUUUCUCAGAAACCUUUUGAAUUCAUAUGGCUCCAAACAUUUAGGGAGUGAUUCAGUGUCGUGUGAGUGGGUGUCAACUCCUCUAUUGAGACCUCUCCUGUCUAGAAUCAUAGAAUCAUAGAAUCAUAGAGUUGGAAGAGACCACAAGGGCCAUCGAGUCCAACCCCCUGCCUUUCCCUGUCCCCGUGGGACCAUCCAUAACAGAUUGGGGAGGGCUUGAGGGGGAGAAGAAGCUGAACGUCUGAUUGUACAAGUAGAUUUCCUUUGCACAAGAGAAUGAACAUCAUUGAGUGUCACCUUAAGAGAUUUAUUUUAUAGCAAUAAGGGCUAGUUUUUGAUAGUCAUGAGUAACACAUAUAUGGUAGUUGAGUGGUGGUAUUAAAACAACUUGAUAAUGAGGGUUUCCUAUCAUUAGUAAAUUCAAAUUUGGAAGUGAGACUUAAAUUUGAACAGAGAAAGUGAUAGUUGUGGUGUGCAAGUAUAUUAAGUUUGUUACAAAAGUAGAACAUUAUUGAGGAUUCUGCGUUGUGGUAGUCAAAGAUCCUAAGCUUAAAAGCUGCAUAUUGAAAGCUUUGGGUAUGGUUCCAAAGUUACAAGCCUGCCUCCCCAACCCCACCAUUAUUCACCUUCCAUUUUUCUUUUUACCCUAAGAUUUAUAUGCCUGCCAAAAUAAUUAUACCAAAGAACAUUCACAAUAUGCACUCAUAUAGGUUGUGAGGCUAACACCAACAUUUUCUUUAUUGUUUCCUCCUUUCUAAUAUGGAGCUAGGAAACAGAAGAGAGAAUGGAAAAAAUCUUUUCAUCCUAAAAUUGUUUCCUAAACCUUUUUAAUGAUUCAUUAUCUACAGUCUGGCUGCCCAUAACUUUUAUAAUAAAUGGUAUUGUCAAUAUACUGUAGGCAGUGCCACGAGCCCCUUGAUUAUAGAAGUCUGCCAUUUUAGCCAGUCGACAUUAAAUUAGUAUCGCUCUUUCAAAGACCUAAGCACAAGCUGUUCAAAAUCAUAUUGCUGUAAUUUAACUGGUGUGUACUCUGCACCAACUGCCGUGUUCUAAUUUUAAUUUUAUGUAAUAAUCAUUCUCUCCAUAUUGUGUAUGUUCAGGCAUGAAUACUCUUGCAUAAAACAGCACCUCUCAUUCAUACACGGGGGUAUUGGUAACCUUGGGGCACCCCAGGGUUUGCCAAAGUACAAUUUCUUGCCUUUGGAGAAAAUUAGUUGAUGCUGUAAAACACCCACACACACCCUCCCACACCCAUGCUGCUUUUUAAGUGCUCGAUUUUGAGUGUGCUGUGCACCCGCCUCCUGGCACUACCGCCCUGGGCGGAGGGGGGAGCAGCUGGCGCCGGCGCUGCGUGCCUGCCUCCCGGCUCUACCACCCUGAAUGGGGGGCGGCCAGCGCCCUGUUCCCCAAGCCAGUGCUUGGUUCCAAGUGCGCUGCGUUCCCACCUCCCAGCUCUACCGCCCUGAAAACUUAGUGUUCUAUGGCCAGUGAACAGUUAGUUUGCAGGUGGUGAUGGAAUAGAAAACUGGGUGGAUAGGAGAAUGAAGUACCAUGCAGAAGGGAUGACUGGCUGCUGGCAUGGCCAGUGAACAAGAGCUCUCCAAACUGCCAUAUUUUGCUGCCUAUCCCACCAGCGUAUCCUGCUUUCUAGCUUUGUUUCAUGUUUGAGAUAUUGAGUGCCUAUUCAUAGCUAGUGGACGUUUUUACCUCAGUCAGUUUUAUUGCACAUAGCCAAAGGCUGCCGCAAUGUACACAGAAUUAUUUGACAAAAGAAAAUAUACUGAAUUGGUAAAAAAAGACUUAAAACAUUUAUAUUAUUAAAACAUUACAUACUCUAAACAAAGCUAUAAAAGUACCCCAAUGUACAAAUAAAAACAUUAAACAAUAAAAUUCAUAAGCUAAAAUCAUCACAUGGUCACUAAUGUUAAAAACAAUAUCAAUUAAUACAGUGUGCAAUUUAUACUCAGAGUUUGGUGACACAGAUAGAGCAUAGCCUGAGGUAGAUAGAUAGGAUCAAAUAAAUUCAUCUCCUUUGCAGUUAAUGGCUACCUUGGCUAUAUAAUUUGCUCUAAUUUUCCUAGCAGCAGUUGCAAAAAGUGCUACCCGCCAGGUCACAUACUUAUCUGUGUCUGCAAGGAGAUAUAACAUCAUAUCAAGGGGGUUCUGGCCAGGGGACCCUGUCAUUAUAGGUACCAAAAAUCUUUUUCUUGCAUCAUUAUAUAACGGACAGUGCAAGAUAUAAUGCAUAAGGUCCUCUACUUCAGAACAUCCCCUAAUGCAAACACGUUCGUUUUUUGGUGUGCCUCUAUGUUUCCCAUCUCUAUAAGCAGAGCUUAUUGUAUUUAGUCGUAGCUCUGUAAAAGCUUUUCGAAGCUGUGCAAAAGUCAAUUCAUUAAAAUAAGAUAUGUGUUCGUUGACCUCUCUAAGUUUAAAAUACAAUGGGGCGCGUGUAGAUGUGCACAUAGAGUUUAGAUCGUUUUUAGUUGCCACUGCCCUUAUGGUUCGUUUAAAAAUAUUUUUCUGUGAAUAUAAGGGGAGUUCUUUAAUCUCAGUCACUGAGAGGUCAUAUUUGCCCAUCAGUUGGGCAGCAUGAUGUACCCAGUUUUUAAAGGGUAAUCCAUUUGAGAGCUCAAUCAGGCAUUUUUUUGGUAGCCUAGUGUUGUCCAUCUGUUGAACGCUAAACCAGUAAUAGAGAAUUCUUUUAUCUAUUUGGCUCUCUAUGCUCAACAUGCGAGUUUCCAACCUGACCAUGGCAGAUUGCACGUCUUUGGGUAAACCUAAAAGAACUCUUAAAAAAUGAGUGCCUAUUGGGUUUGAGUUGGUUGCAGUAUGAAGGAAAAAUGUUUUCUGUGUCUAAAAGGAGCAUUUGGAAGGUUUGAGUCCCUCUUAGUUUGCUUGUCCAACUUCACAAGAGACACCACGCUAACAGUAAGUGUUAGCACUUGUAUAGUGAAUUCAGGUGUUCAGAAUGUUUCACAUGGGUUCCCUAGUUGUAAUCCUAACGACCCUACAAGAUGGCUUUCCUCAACCUGGUGCCUGCCUCCAGGUGCUCUGGAUUGCAGCUCCCUCCAGCCACAUUGCCAAUGGGGUUGGUGAAGCUCAGAGAGGGAGGACCUUCCACAGCAUGAAGGUUCAUGGGGAACCUUCUAGAGGGGUCCUGCCAAUGGUGGGUGCAGUCAGAGGCCAAAGUGGGUGGACUCUUACCCUGGUUACAGUUGGCUACAUUUCAGUCAAGCAAAAAUCAGGUUUAUCACAGUUGAAGGUCAAGGUUUUUGCUAGGCAGAAGCACUUGCAGAGAUCCCAAAGCAGGCCAGUAAAGGGGGUCACCCAGAGGGAGUCCUGAGAGUCAGAUAGAGAAGCCUAGAGGUCCACAGUGGAAUUUGCUCCCACAAGAUGUGGUAGUGUCCAUUAACGUGGACAGCUUUAAAAGAAUUUGCCUAAUCCUAUGUUUUGCCUCCCCUGUCAGAGGCAGCUCUCUACGUACCAGUUGCUGGCAAUAACAAGUCAAGAGCUGUUGCGCUCCUGUGUUCUCUGCAGGCUUCCCAUAGACAUCUAAUUGUCCACUGUAAGAACAGGAUGCCAGACUAGAUGGGCCUUUGGCCUGAUCCAGCACAGCUCUGGUACAUUUCCCCUUCUUCCUUUCUCACAGUUGAUUCCAGCGGCAUAGCAAAAUGGCUUGACUUCCUUCAGUUCAAUAGUAGCCUGCUGUGUGGCAUUGAAGGGGAGCAAUGCUGGGAAGUACCGUAUUUUUCGCCCUAUAGGACGCACUUUUCCCCCUCCAAAAAUGAAGGGGAAAUGUGUGUGCUUCCUAUGGGGCGAAUGCAGGCUUUCGCUGAAGCCUGGAGAGCGAGAGGGGUCGGUGCGCACCCACCCCUCUUGCUCUCCAGGCUUCAGGAAGCUCUGUGCAACCCUCGGGAGACCGGCGCGACUUCGCGCCGGGCUCCCGAGGGCUGCGCAGAGCUGCCUGCAGUCCCGGGCUUUGCGCAGCUCUCCGCAAGCCUGGGGAGACCGGUGCGACUUCCCGCCGGGCUCCCUAGGCUUGCGGAUAGCAGGCUGUUCUCGGGGCUGGGGUCGGGGGAAGCUUGGGGAGUAGAAUAAAAAAACUUUCUUUAUUCCCCCCCCCCCAAAAAAAAACUAGGUGCGUCCUAUGGGGUGAAAAAUACGGUAUUUGAGGGAUUCUCUGUAGCCUGGACACAGCCACGUGUAAUAUUUCUCCAUAGAAAUGUAUUUGCCUGCCUUUUUAUUACCUUCCCCUUCUGGCACACCCUCCAAGAUAGGCAAUAAGGCUUGGAUAUGGUUUUGGUUGCCCUUUUUAGACUAGUUUAGAAAAUGUGUGUUUGUAAAUAGUUUUUAUUCCUGAAUUUGAGAAAGAAAUACAGACACUUCUGCCAUGCAAAUAGUGAAUGCCACUUUUAUACAGUAUGUGCAGGCUGUUUUUAAAAAGGAGCAGCAUCUGCUGCAUUUAUUGGGUCUCAGAAGUAUAAUGUUUUACCUACACCUUAAAAAAACCCCUAUUUUUUUAAGCUAUUAAUUUUAUCACAAAUUGCAGUAUUUGCAGAAAUCAAGUUAUUUCCUGCCAAGUUUGUUACACUUGAUGAAAGAAGGAAAAAUGAUUUAUGCUUUGGAGUUUGUAUGAGUUUUCUGAAGUGAACAUUUGUAUAUUCAGUAAUUUUACUCAUGGAAUGACAUGCUACUUACUUUUUCAGGUACGGAAUCCGCCCUGAAAAUGUGAUUAUAUAUGGACAAAGUAUAGGAACGGUGCCAUCUGUGGAUCUUGCGGCUCGUUAUGAAAGUGCUGCUGUAAUUCUUCAUUCUCCUCUGACCUCUGGAAUGCGUGUAGCUUUUCCUGAUACCAAGAAGACCUACUGCUUUGAUGCAUUUCCAAAGUAAGCUGUAGUAUUUUCAUACAGUUAGAUGAACCACCUAGUAAGCACUUCGUAAACAAUGAGUAGGGAAGUCACUAAGCUUAAAAUAAAGAAGCCUUAAUCAGUUCAAAGCGGCUUGAUUUUGAAUUUUGCUGUGAAUGAGACUGUUUAAAAUGCCGUGAUUAAAACAAUUCCCCCCCCCCCCGUCAAACUGGUAACUUCCAUAUGAAUACUUAAUACUUUCUAGUAUGCCUCAACAGUCUCUGUUGGCAUUGUGUCAGUUAAAUAAGGCACACUUCAGAUAAACAAAGAAUUCAAAGCUAACAGGUGAUAGCCAAUAUCUGCUGGGGUGGAGGGGCUUACCCUUCCUCUCAAGACCCUGCACUCCCCACAUCUGCUCUGGAGGGGCCACCAACAUGCUGGGUCAGAUUUGGCAGGCAUACAGGCAGCUGCCAGGGGGCUUGGAAGGGGAGCCUCGGUCUUCUCACCAAAGGCCCCCCCCCCACAGGCAGGCCCAGCUGGAUAUCGCCCAGUGUGCAUCAACAAAUGUUCCAAGGACAGCUAUUUGUGAAGUUGUAGACCUUUGCAUACUGAUUUGUUUUUUUGUGUUCCUGUAGCAUUGACAAGAUCUCUAAAAUUACAUCCCCGGUGUUAAUAAUCCAUGGGACUGAAGAUGAAGUGAUUGACUUUUCACAUGGCCUAGCAUUAUUUGAGCGCUGCCAAAGACCCGUUGAGCCGCUGUGGGUAGAAGGGGCAGGACACAAUGAUGUUGAGCUUUAUGGACAGUACCUUGAAAGAUUAAAACAGUUUGUAUCACAGGAACUGGUGAAUUUGUAAAUUGCUUUAUAUAUUAUUUGCUGUUGAAUUUCAUGGCAGAACUGUAGAUCUUUAUAGCCACAGCAUAAAACCUGAUGGUUUUGUUUUCAAAUUGGGUCAGUUGCCUUCAAGUGUGUACAGGUAAUGAUUUGUAAACCUAAUUAAUGAAGAUUUUAAUACCAGUAUUAGCUGGAACAGUGGAUGUUGGGGACAAGCUUGUGUAGUUCAUCUAUUUUUUGCAAGUUUUCUUAGACUAAUACAUAAGUCAAUUUGAAAGUUUUUCUUAAGAUGUACAAAAACCAUAGAAAAGAAGGAAAAUUUUAAUUAUGUAAAAUCAAAUGCUGUAAAAGUGUUGCCAAAUGCUUUAGCAUAUCAAAAAAGUUUAUAUACAAUAUUUUUAAAACAUCUCAAACUGUACUGUGAUCUACUCUGUUGCACAGGUAUAAUUGAAGCAGUUGUAAAGUAUAAAUAGCCAUUAUAUUGAAGGAAUAGGAAAAAGGAAAAACAACCACUGGAAUUUACAGGCCCUAUUAUAUAGGGAGCAAGUCAAAACAUGUGUUUUAUUAUCUUUCAUGUCUUGUUCUCAAUGUUUUUCUCUUUUCCUGAAUGACUAAUGGCCAAAAAUGCUUAUUUAGCCAUUUGUGUUGCUCUGCAAAACAAAGGCACAAAAUUGUGAUUUUUAGAACUACCCCUGUUAACAGGGUACAUAUUAAAGCAACUAAAUGCAGUGGUUUCUCUUAAAUUGGUAUGAAAUAUGAAUAUCAUUGUAAGUGGCCAUUUUGAAAAUCAUCAUGUAAAGAAACAGAACUUGGAUAAUAAUAAACUAAUAUUUCUCUAACUUUUUUGUACUGGCAAACAUGCAAAGUUGCAGUUGUCAUUUCAGAUUUGAUUUGAAUGUUUGUAAGUGUAGGACUAAUUGUUUCAAUUAUUAUGAAAAACCUACUAAUGUACUCCUAUAUAGUGAAAUGAAUGUUGACAACUCAUAGUAAAAUAAGUUGCCUUUCCCUUGAAAUUUUUUUGCUUGAAUAAAAUAUAAAAUAGACCUAAAAUGUAGCCUAAUUUGUAAACAAAGUAAUACUCAAAUACACACUGUGCUUCUCAUUUUAAAGCCUUACAUAGU